UCUUUUCACACUAUUACUUACAAUUAUUCAUGAGUUACAUAGAAAAAACAAGAGAGAAGAAAACUGGUUGACUAAUUUACAGCAAUGGAGAAGAAGCUCAAAUUCAUGUUCUUGAUUCUUGCUUCGUUAUUGUUACAGACAAUCAAGUCCAAUGCAGAAACCCAAUCCUCCGACCAUCAGAGCCCUUGCCUCGCCGGAAAGGAAAAAAUAACAACAAUGCGUUUCUACGUGCAAGACUUCGUGGGCGGGGACUCGCCAACUGUUUGGAGAGUUGCCCAAACGAACCUCACGGAAGUUCUGCCGUCGGAUUUCGGUGCCGUCGACGUUUUGGACAACCUGGUAACAUCCGAACCGGAGGUCGAUUCGAAAGAAGUUGGUCGGAUCCAGGGGAUUAUCGGUCUGACGGAUUUCCACGAGAAGGCUUUGGUUAUGCUUCUGAAUCUUGUUUUUACGGAGGGUGAGUAUAAAGGGAGCACGCUUAGUGUUUUGGGAAGGAAUCCUUUGCACGAAAAGAUUAGAGAGGUUCCGAUCGUCGGCGGCACUGGUGCUUUCAGAAUGGCGCGUGGGUACGCUAUUACUACUACUUAUAGUACCGACGAAACGAAGAGGCAUCCUAAUGUUUAUCAGUAUGAUGUUGUUGUUUAUCAUUUUGAUGGUUUCACGUUGUUGGCUCGUCAGUGAAGUAAGGGUUUUCGAUUUAAUAUAUUAUUAUUGAAAAAUAAUGUACCUCAGACACUAUCAGUUGUCUUAAAAACUAAUUGAUAGUGCAAAAGGUUCUAUAUGAUCUAAGUUCCAAGGUAAUGGGUUCGAUUCGCAACCUGCAAAAUCAG